AAUGAGCAUCCAAAAGAAGUAUCUGGAGGGAGAUUUUGUCUUCCCUCCUACGGACCCUGCUGGAGCCCCAGCUCAGAUCAGCCCUCUGUCAGCAAUGAAUGCUUCGUGCUGCCCGCCCUCUGUUCAGCCAACGCUACCUAAUGGCUCGGAGCACCUCCAAGCCCCUUUCUUCGGCAACCAGAGCAGCAGCCCGUUCUGUGAGCAGGUCUUCAUCAAGCCCGAGGUUUUCCUGGCCCUGGGCAUCGUCAGUCUGCUGGAAAACAUCCUGGUUCUCCUGGCCGUGGUCAGGAACGGCAACCUGCACUCCCCAAUGUACUUCUUCUUCUGCAGCCUGGCGGUGGCCGACAUGCUGGUGAGCCUGUCCAAUGCCCUGGAGACCAUCAUGAUCGCCAUCGUCCACAGCAACUACCUGACCUUGGAGGAUCAGUUUAUCCAGCACAUGGACAACAUCUUCGACUCCAUGACCUGCAUCUCCCUGGUGGCCUCCAUCUGCAACCUCCUGGCCAUCGCUGUCGACAGGUACGUCACCAUCUUUUACGCGCUCCGCUACCACAGCAUCAUGACUGUGAGGAAGGCCCUCACCUUGAUCGUGGCCAUCUGGGUCGGCUGCGGCAUCUGUGGCGUGGUGUUCAUUGUCUACUCGGAGAGCAAGAUGGUCAUCGUGUGCCUCAUCACCAUGUUCUUCGCCAUGAUGCUUCUCAUGGGCACCCUCUACGUGCACAUGUUCCUCUUUGCGCGGCUGCAUGUCAAGCGCAUAGCAGCACUGCCACCUGCCGACGGGGUGGCCCCACAGCAACACUCAUGCAUGAAGGGGGCAGUCACCAUCACCAUCCUCCUGGGGGUAUUCAUCUUCUGCUGGGCCCCCUUCUUCCUCCACCUGGUCCUCAUCAUCACCUGCCCCACCAACCCCUACUGCAUCUGCUACACUGCCCACUUCAACACCUACCUGGUCCUCAUCAUGUGCAACUCCGUCAUCGACCCGCUCAUCUACGCCUUCCGGAGCCCGGAACUGCGCAACACCUUUAAGGAGAUUCUCUGUGGUUGCAAGCGCAUGAACUCGAGAUAGGAUGCAGGGCCAUGGAAAUGAUCAUCAGUCGGGUCACUUUUGACCCUCCAUCCACCCAAGAUGUUUAGAAAGAAAAAAAAAAUACUUAGAAGAUAUAAAAAUGUGUUAACAGCCAUGAUUGUACUUGUUGUUUGUUUUUAAGUUUACAAAGCCUUUUAAAGGGGGAAAUGGUGAAUAACAGACUCACUGAAAGGAUUCUAAGAUGAGGAAGUCACAAACUCUGAUUUCCCAAAUAGUCACUGGGAGAAAUCAGCGAAGGCUUCUCUGCAUGCUCUCUGCACUCAUUUCCAAACACCCAGAGUGUGUGACGCCUGUCUGCUCAUCUGCUCCACACCCACGUCUUCACGCUCCAGGUCAGACCAGACUGAAGGAUUCUCAUGAACAAUAAGGGUGGUUGAGAUCUCUUGCAAGCAAACCUGUUACAGCUACGACCUCCUGCUGCCAGCUACACGGAUAGAUAGCUUUGCACUUAUAACUCCAUAGGAGACCGAGUUCUACUCUAUUAUUGUAUUU